UUUCGUAACCAAAACAAUACAAUAAUAAUAUCCCUGCGACACUGGCCAAGAACUUUAUGCUUACAAGUGUAUCCUGGUGGGGAUAAUUGUGUGUUCGUUUUUUACUUUAUUCCGUGCCCAAGCACUUAACAACACGGAAGUCUUCUUUUUUUGGUGAACAGGAAACAGUGUUGAGACGCAAUUGAGUGAGAGAAUUUUUACACUAAAAAGUGCCAUUUUGCAUAUAAUUUUUGAAAUAGCAAAACUAGCAAGUUAAAGACUUAAAAAUAUAUACGAAAAGAAAGUGCUCGAAUUUCUCUGUGCAAGACCCACCCAUAUUAGUUUUUAAGCGAAAAGAAAAAAGGAAUUAAAUUGUAAAAGAAAAAGGUCCUUUUACAGGAGAAUCUUGUCGUAGGUUUUUUUGUUACUUCAUCUGGGCGCCUUUACCCUUGAAUAUUGAUUUCUCGGAGGGAACAGUAACACCCACAAACAUUCAAAUACAAAGGAUCACAUUAAAGCCAUCAUCAUGUCGCAUAUGACAAUUCUGGAUGAAUCAAAUGGGAAUACAUUGUCCUUGAAAUCAUCUCCACUGGCCCCAUCAAUUUCCACAGAAGACCUCUCGGAGUAUACGGAUGCAGAUGAGAGUAUCUCAGCUCCAACGGAGUACUUUGCUGAAUUUCUCUCCGCAAUCAUGACACAUGACUACAGAAGAGCCCUGAAAUACUGCAAACUCAUCCUUGAAUUUGAGCCCAACAACCUAACAGCAAAGGAGUUCUACCCACUGAUUCUGGAAAAGAUAAGCUAUCUAGCAGAGCAGCAGCAGGAGAGUGAGACAGAUGAAAACUCCAACAUUGAGGACUUUGAGGUGGCAAACAGCAAGAGUGACAGCAGUUUCAGCGAUGCAACUGAGGCCAGUAGUUCAGACGCCGACUUUCCGUCCAGCAAUGGUUCUAAUGAAUAUUGCGACGAAGGCAGAGAUGAAGACAUUGAGAAUAUCCCAAGUGGAAAUAGCUACAGCGACAGCACAACGCACUCAUACUCCAGCCUCCUACUCGAGGAAGAAGACGACAUAAUUCCGGCUCUCCCCAAAAAGAACUCUCUGGACGUUUUCAAUGGAAAUGGCACCGGCGUAUCCUGCAGUGAUUCUGAGUCCCCAACUGAACCCCUAACGCAGAGACUUGCAGGAUUUUUUAAAUCCUCACUGAAUACAUAGGAUAAAUGUCCCCGCAGGAAAAUCAUAUCUAAUGCAGUUACAAAAAAAAAUGAAAAAAUUUGAGAGAAAACUGAAUGGUCCAACAUUUUGAUAUGUUCCACAGGACAUUUUAAACAUACAUAGCACACACAACAGUGGCGAUAUUUUGGAUGGGAAUUUGCAGUGGACACGAUGAAUAUUCUUAUUUAUCUAUAAAAACUUGUAAAAAUACAUUUUUUCUUUUUCUAUCAACACAA